AUGGCUCCGGUGGUGACGUUGGGUGGCCGGAUGGUAUUGGAUGUUGAGGGCGAAGGCGAAAGGGCAGAUCAGAGCAUUGUGCAGCUGAUCGAACAAGCAGUAAAUAAAGAGAGGCGCCGGGCCCGGGAGGGAGAUAUAGCCCACGUGGUCACAUCCACCCCCGGCCCGAGCCCCCACUCCUCCAACGUGACGAAAGGAGAGAGUUGGCAGAGACUUAGUGCUGAAAAUGAGGAGCUAAAGAAAAAAGUUGAUCAAGCUGAUGAGCAGCGUAGACUGGAAACGCAGAUGUUGAAAUGGGUAACAGAGAAAGUGAGACGAGAAGACGCAAAGGGCGAGCGGAGACAGAAAGAGCUUCCACAGUGUGAUAGCAGCGAGGGGGAGGGAGAAGACGACGUUGUAAUGCAACAGAGGAAAAUGUUACAGUACGCGAAUCAGGAUAGUAGAAAGAGGUACAGGCAGGGAGAGAAAGAGACGCGGAAAGGAUACAAUUUGCGGAGUGGUCAGGGACAGAUGACGCAGACCGAGGGGCAGAAAAAUGAAUUAAUGUGUCCGCUGGUGACCACACCAGGCGGCCAGCACUACGAGCCUAUGGUGCUCCGCGAUGUGACUGCGAUGAUGGAAAAAAUGCCCCCACUUCACAGAGGAGGUCGCCAUCCAGCUCUCUCGCCCGAGGCAGAGGUGCUCUUCCGGACGGCGCUAGUGGAUGGACUUCCGCCAGACGUGAAGAAGCAGCUGAUGUCAGACCCUGACAUUCUGGAUGCCCACAAAGUCGACCGCAAGGAGCCGCCCGCCCAGCCAGAGGCCCACCACCCCAACCCGAGGCGCCGAUGCAACAGGCAGCAACAGCUCCAUCUGGUGGACGGCCCUGGCAACAGCCACAAACACACGGAGGGCUGCCCGGGAAGCCAGAGAAGCAGUGGCCCGGCGGAGCCAAUGCUUCAGGUGACAGUGGAGGGAAAACCUGUGCAGAUGCUGGUGGACACUGGAGCAACUUAUUCAUCAAUAAACACUGCCCUACCUGUAUCCUCACUGUCCAAGAAAACAACAACUUUAGUCGGCUUUUCGGGACAACCACGGACUCUGCCUUUUACCAAACCACUUGAGACGGUGGUCACCCAGACAGGGUGUAGACUGUGGCACAAAUAUAUCCAUUCUACAGACACUCCGAUCAACUUGAUGGGGAGGGAUUUGCUGUCAGCCGUUGAAGCUAAAAUCCUGUGUGGGCCAGAGGGUGUGAUUAUUCAAUUUCCAAAUGGUGUCAGCAUUCCGUGCUCACAGCAGCUACAACAACAUGGCCAGUGGCUGAUGGCGCCCCUACAGGCAGAAGCAGAAACUGCAACCAUCUACUGGGCCAGGCUGGAGCCUGAGACCCCUGCUGGUGGCGGCGUGUUCUCGACCUACCUACUGUGGAAGCCCUGGAUCUGCUCACUGGCGCCGUGCCACCCACCUGUUGAUCCUUUGCAUUGCACUCUAUACUAUGACCGAAAAAGUGAUGUUUAUCGGGAUUUGUUUGAAGAAAUUGAAGGGCACAUGUGGGAUUUAACUUCAUCAUGCAUUUUGAUUGGUAAAGAGGGAGUUGCGGCAGCUACUGAAUUAACACCUGAACAAAUGCAGUGGUUCAAAAUGACAGAAAAAGGGGUACCACACAUUUCGCUAGCUCUUGCCCCAGGUCAUAAAGCCAGACAAUUGGGCUCAAUGGUCAAACAUUUGUUGCUGCAAACCGACUGGCGGAAAACACACAUCCCUAAUUUGUACUGGUCAGAGUCUCAGAAAGCUUACCAAAUUAAACAACCCAUGGUAGACUCAGGGAUGCUGGAGAUGAUGUUAGUAUCUCGCACACAUGGCAGGGAAUUAACUGAUCAUGAGGACGCGGAAGUAAUGCUCGCGACCUUGCCCGACACCUUGUGGUCCCAAGGUCCAUUUGAUGUCGGGUUUUGUCACUCUAUGGCCCCUAUUGAUCUCCAAAUGGAUGAGACGCAGCCUAUCAAACGACCUCAAUAUCGUUGGCCGAGUGAGGCGAACCAAGGCAUGGAAGACACUCUGUGCGGCCUCUGGGACGCAGGGGUGUUGGAAGUGUCAUGCUCCGAAUGGAACACCCCGUUAAGGCCAGUCCAAAAAGCAGAUGGGAAAACAUGGCGCAUGGCACAUGAUUUGAGAGCAGUAAAUGAUGUCACUAUAACUCCUGUUCUUCCCGUGCCAGACCCACACCGAAUUCUUGCAUCAUUGAACCCUGCCUAUCAGUGGUUCACCGUGAUUGAUUUGGCUAAUGCCUCCUUCUGCCUCCCGCUUUCCCCCUCAGUGCGGCACGUGUUCGCAUUCACUUACAAAGGGAUGAAAUUACAAUACACUCGCAUGCCGCAGGGAUUCAAAAAUUCGCCAGGAUUGUUCAAUCAGGUCCUCAAAGAACUCCUCGAACCAUGCCAAAUGCCGGAUGGCACAUUGUUGUUGCAAUAUGUUGAUGAUUUGUUGAUUGCAGCAAAAGACGAGCAGGCGUGUCUUGCAGGGACAAAGAAAGUGUUGUUGUGGUUAGGGGAGAAAGGGUUCAAGGUGUCAAGAAAGAAACUGCAAUGCUGUCGCCAACAGGUCACUUUUCUGGGACGUGUGCUGACCCCUAGUGGCCUCGCCAUGUCGCCUGAACAUAGAAACUCCAUCCUCCGGCACCCACGGCCCGCCACCGUCCAGGAGACGCUAUCAUUCCUGGGGUUGUGCGGCUACAGCAGACAUUACAUACCCUGUUUUGCCGACAAAACUGGUGUCCUCCGAACCCUGAUCCGCGAACAGGGGGCCAGGAAUCUCAAGGCUUGCCUGGUCUGGACACCGGAAGCUGCCGAGGUCUUUGUGUCACUGGUGCAGGAGCUGGCCUCUGCUGCGGCCUUGGCCACUCCUGACUACACUCUGCCCUUCUAUCUGGAUGUCUCUAUUUCAGGGAAAGUUGUGAAUGGAGCUCUGUACCAGAAAAUUCAGCAUGGACGUGCAGUGUUGAUGUAUUGCAGCGUCCCCUUGGACAACAUUGAGCAACGACAACCCGAUUGUUCCAGGUAUGCGGCUGGCCUGGCGAAGGUCUUACUCAAAACAGCCCACACGGUCAUGGGGCAUCCGGUCUAUGUGUUAACUGAUCAUGCAGUCUCCUCAUUUGUCGCAUCGACGGCGUUCACGUUGACUCCGCUGCGACAAACACGGUUGUUGAAAAUAUUGACUGCCCCAAAUGUCAACUAUGUCCAUUCCGGAGUGAACAUGGCCGAUCAACUGUUGGUGGGACCCCAUGAGUGUGCAUCAAAGAUCCAGACGGUGACGAAAGUCCGACCUGACCUCUAUUCCACUCCGCUCGGGCGCGGUCGGGUGGUGUUUACAGAUGGCUGUUGUUGGAGAGACAGGAUGGGCUCCCUCCAUGCGGCUGCAGUCGAGUGGAGGGAUGGGUCCUUCCAGCCUCUUAUAGUGAUGAAGCUCAGCACCCACCCAUCGGCCCAGGCGGCAGAAGUCUUUGCUCUGGUGUUAGCUUUACGACAAUGCAAGGGGGAAGCCGUGACCAUCUAUUCUGACUCCGCUUAUGCGGUGUCAGCGGCUUUGAUCGAUCUGGUAGGGUGGCUACAGAAUGGGUUCACGACGGCCAGAGGCUCGGAGAUUGCGCACAAGGAUUUGAUGUUACAGUUGUUUGAGGCGUUGAAGUGCCCGAGCGAGGUGGCCAUUGUCAAAGUGCCUGGUCACUCCAAAGCUGACACUUUAGUGGCUAGGGGGAAUCGAGCGGCUGAUGAAUUGGCCAAGCAGACGGCCGGGUACGGCGGGGCAGAGGACAUGAUGGUGUCCCGCGGUCCACUAAUUGUGGACGGGGAACACCCCGACUCCUGUUUGCCUCUGUCACUCUCGCAUGCCGAUCUGUGUGCCGCCCAGGGUGCCACGUCCCCGGAACAAAAAUCGGUCUGGCUGGCAGCAAAGGCUGUCAAACGAUCAGAUGGCUUGUGGGUAGGACCCAAAGGACAGCCAGCUCUUCCGGAGGGAAGGCUGAUGUCGGAGAUCCUGACACAGGCUCACACACCUUCCCAUGUGGGUCCCCAUGCCAUGAUGAUUCAUCUUCGAAGUUGGUGGCAUCCCAAACUCUCAGAUGUGGUCUGGAAAUUCGUUGCAGAUUGUGGGUCUUGCCAGACGUUCAAUGCACGCCCUACGUUGAAGCCUAAACCCGGCCUGUUUCAACCAGCCCCGUGGCCGGGGGCGGAGGUGAUCAUUGAUUUCACGGCCUUGAUCCGUUCUGACAAUGGUACACACUUUAACAACAAAGCCUUGGCCAAGGUGGAAUCAAUUUUGGGAUUGAAGCAUCGCUUCGGGUGUGUUUACCAUCCUCAGUCACAAGGCCGCGUUGAACGACUUAACCGAACGCUAAAAGAGAAAUUGGCCAAAUUUAUGGCUCAGACGACGAUGAAUUGGCUACAAGCACUUCCGCUUGCUUUGCUGUCUGUGAGACAAUCCGUUAACAGGAGCACUGGAUUCGCACCGUUUGAGUUGAUGACGGGCCGUCUAAUGCCGGGACCAGCGACGACGCUCGUCCCACCAGAGGAUGUUCCGGUACCUAAUUUGUCACACACAGCGUACUGGUCCUAUUUGUCUGCUUUGGUGUCCAGUGUUUCUGCACAGCUUGGAGAGAAAUCCGCUGCGGCUGCGGCAGAGGAAGGUGUGUCGGUGGAGAAACAGCUCACGCCGUACGUGUACGUCCGAGUCAUCUCCAGGAAGUGGACGGACCCCCGGUGGAAAGGCCCCUUUCGUGUCUUGGCCAGGACGUCUCACGCGGCCCAACUCGACUUCAAAGGACGCCGGUGGUAUCACUACUCACAAUUCCGUCCGGCCCCAGAGUUUGUUCCGUCAGGAUGAAGGUGUUCCUGGUU